AUGGCCGAGCAGCCCUGCCCAGUGCCCCGGCCGGGCCCCGCGGGCAACGCCGGCCCCGCGCCCCCGGGCCCCCCGGCCCGCCCCAGGGACCAGUGGAGCAAAAAGAUGGAUUUCCUCCUGUCCGUGGUUGGAUUUGCCGUCGAUCUGGGCAACGUUUGGCGGUUCCCUUACAUCUGCUAUCAAAACGGAGGGGGAGCCUUCCUCAUCCCCUACGCGCUGAUGGCCGUUUUCGGCGGGGUGCCGCUCUUCUACAUGGAGCUGGCGCUGGGGCAGUUCCACGGGACCGGCGCCAUCCCCAUCUGGAAACGCAUCUGUCCCAUCUUCAAAGGCAUCGGCUUCGCCAUCUGCAUCAUCGGCCUGUACGUCUCCUUCUACUACAACACCAUCAUCGCCUGGGCGCUCUUCUACCUGGGCUCGUCCUUCUCGGGCACCCUGCCCUGGGCGAGCUGCGACAACGCCUGGAACACGCCCCGCUGCACCAACUACCUCGGGGGCAGCAACGUCACCUGGACCAACUCCUCCCGCUCCCCCGCCGAGGAGUUUUACACGAGGAAGGUCCUGGAGAUCCACAAGUCCGGCGGCCUGUACGACGUGGGGGGGAUCCGCUGGCAGCUGCUCCUCUGCCUCUUCCUCAUCUUCACCAUCGUCUACUUCAGCCUGUGGAAAGGCGUGAAAACCUCGGGGAAGGUGGUGUGGGUGACGGCCACGCUGCCCUACGCCGUCCUCCUCGUCCUCCUGGUCCGCGGGGCCACCCUGCCCGGCGCCUGGCGAGGGGUCGUCUUCUACCUGCGCCCGGACUGGGGCAAGCUGCUGAGCCCCGCGGUCUGGGUCGCCGCCGCCGCACAGAUUUUCUUCUCCCUGGGCCCCGGGUUCGGCGUCCUGCUCGCGCUGGCCAGUUACAACCACUUCCACAACAACUGCUACCGGGACGCGCUGGUCACCAGCGCGGUGAACUGCCUCACCAGCUUCCUCUCGGGCUUCGUCAUCUUCACCGUGCUGGGCUACAUGGCCGAGAUGAGGGACGUGGAGGUGGAGGACGUGGCGAAGGACAAAGGGCCGAGCCUCCUUUUCAUCACCUACCCAGAAGCAAUUGCCAAUAUGGUGGGAUCCACCUUCUUCGCCAUCGUCUUCUUCCUCAUGGUGAUAACGCUGGGGCUGGACAGCACGUUCGGGGGCUUGGAAGCGGUGAUCACGGCCGUGAUGGACGAGUACCCGCAGGCGCUGGCGCGGCGCAGGGAGCUCUUCGUGCUCGGCCUCAUCGCGCUGUGCUUCCUGGGCUCCCUGAGCACCCUCACCUACGGCGGCGCGUACGUGGUGAAGCUCCUGGAGGAGUUCGGCGCCGGCUGCUCCAUCCUGGCCGUGGUGCUGCUGGAAGCGAUAGCCGUGUCCUGGUUUUACGGCAUCCAGCGGUUCUCCAACGACGUGAAAGCCAUGCUGGGCUUUGCCCCGGGGAUGUUCUGGAAGGUCUGCUGGGCCGCCAUCAGCCCUGCCUUCUUAGCAUUCAUCAUCGCCAGCUCUCUGCUGGACCAGCCGCCUCUCGCGCUCUUCGGCUACGAGUACCCGGCGUGGAGCAUCUCCGUGGGCUCCCUCGUGGGAGCCUCCUCCUUCGUCUGCAUCCCCUUCUACAUGGUGUACAAGCUGCUGUGGACGCCCGGGUCUCUCAAGCAGCGUCUGGCCGUCUGCAUUCGGCCCGAGAAAACCGCGCGGGACCCGCAGGCAGAGGCGCUGCGGCUGGCGCCGCUCCUCUAG